AACUGGCAUGUGUUCUCCCAUCUCACAUUUCUAUUUCCCAACGCACACCCUUGCUUCUUUGCUCUUCCAUCCGCUCUCCUUGCUCUCGGUCAGGGAUGCUGCCAGAUCUGGGCACUACGGCGGCCUGAUGUUCGUCGCCGACCUUGCUUACGCCGGGUCUACCUCAGAUAUUCUCCGCCGGCGCCUCACCUCGCCGGGCUGUACCACCCGUCCCUCUUUUCUCAUUGGUGAGUUUAACAUCCCCCCAUUCCCCCCUCCUCUGCACUAUAUUACGUGGAUGGAUCGUGCCAAACUCCCUCUGAAGCCCUCAGCUAGAGGCCAUGAUGAUAAAUCUUCCAGCAAGCAAUCUUUGGCCGCAGCUGAUCUUCAUAUGUGAUGGUGGGUCAAUUUGGAAACCAGAUUAAGUACUGCAUUGGUUGCAUAGCAGUACUCUUUAAACUCCCAUGUUUAUCCUCCGCAACAGUAGGUAGCAAGGCAGCUUGGAUGGUCUUCUGCUCUGCAGGCAACCUUGCUGGCACCAUUUGUUGAGAGGAUGGUGUGACUAGGUUUCUGAUGGGAUGAAAAACAUAAGUCUCAGAUGUUGAUUUCUAGCACAUGAAUCUGCCAAACCUCUGCAUGUAUUCGUGAGAUUGCAUAGUUUCUUUUAAAAUAUUAUUUCACUUUCCAUCUUAAUAUGCAUUUAUACAUACAACUUUGCUAGAUAUGUAUAUAUUUGAGUUGGACUGAUUUUUGGCUCUGUUUGAACUGUAUUGAGCCUAUUCUGCUGGCUGAAGUUUGAUC